AUGUCUACCGUAAACAUUCUUCACAUGAAGCAAGGUGAUGGAGAGAUGAGUUACGCAAAAAAUUCAACUAUUCAGAUGAGGUGGAUGAAUAUGGCACUGCCCAUUGUGAAGAAUACCAUCAAAGAGAUGCUUACAAUUCAUUUAACGUCAUUUGAAAAAUUAGAGAGUUUUAAGAUUGUGGAUAUUGGUUGUGGUUCAGGCCCCAACACUCUGUUAUUUAUGUCAGAGAUUAUCGACACCUUCUACAAUUUGUCCAACCAAAACAACCACCAAUCCCCAGAGAUAUCGAUUGUGUUGAACGAUCUGUACAAAAACGACUUCAAUAACAUUUUUAAUGCACUCCCAUUAUUCUACGAGCAACUUAAGGAGAAAUAUGGACAUGAAUUUAGUCAAAGGUGUUUCAUCUCUGUCGUGGCAUCAUCGUUUUAUGAGAGGUUGCUACCAAGCAAAAGUUUGCAUUUUGUACACUCUUCGAGUAGUCUUCAUUGGCUCUCUCAGGUACCAGAAAAUCUAGACAACAAAGGACAUAUCUACAUGGCAAAAGAUUGUCUUCCCAUUGUGUUUGAUGCUUACAAGAAUCAAUUUAAUAAGGACUUUUACUCAUUCCUUAACAAGAGAUCUCAAGAAAUUUUUCCAAAAGGGAAAAUGAUCCUUACACUUUUGGGAAGGAGCAUUCCAGAACCAUCUAGCAAUGAUGGUUGUUGCCUUUGGGAAUUAUUGGCUCAAUCACUUCUUGAUAUGGUUUCUCAGGGGCUGGUUAAAAAGGAAGACGUGGAUUCAUUCAAUUUACCUUUUUAUACUCCUUACUGUGAUGAAGUGAAGGAAAUAGUUAUGAAAGAGAACUCUUUUGAUCUUGACAAAAUUGAGGUUUACAUGUGCAAUUGGGACCCAAAUGAUGAUGAAGAUGAUGACAACAAUAUAUUUGAUAAAAAGAAAAGUGGAGAAAAUAUAGUCAAACGUAUUAGAGUAGUUUCUGAGUCAAUGUUGGUGACCCAUUUCGGGGAACUCCCCUUAGACACGGUGUUCAAGAUUUUCGCAGAGCGAGUAGCUAAUCAUCUCGAAAUGGAGAAGACAAAAUAUACCAAUCUCACAAUUUGCCUCAAGAAAAAAUAAGAAAAUGACUCUUACAUG